CCGGAAGUAAAUUUCCCUCACGGAAGUCGGCUUUGGCCCUGCGGCUGCUGCUGUAGCCGCGGAGAUAUUGUUGGAGCUGGCAGCCUAGGAAUGACUCUCCUUUCAGCCUCUACGCUCACCUGGUCAGAAUCCUUGAAUGAGCCUGUGGGAUCUGUCCUCCUGGCCCUGUGGUUUGGAACCUGUGGCUUUGGGACUGUAUAAGGAUGGACAAAGAUUCUCAUGGUCUGCUAGAUUCAUCCCUGAUGGCAUCAGGCACUGCCAGUCGCUCAGAGGACGAAGAGUCACUGGCAGGACAGAAGCGGGCUUCCUCCCAGGCCUUGGGCACCAUCCCUAAACGGAGAAGCUCCUCCAGGUUCAUCAAAAGGAAGAAAUUUGAUGAUGAACUAGUGGAGAGCAGCCUGGCCAAGUCCUCUACUCGGGCAAAGGGGGCCAGUGGUGUGGAACCUGGCCGCUGCUCAGGGAGCGAACCGUCUUCUAGUGAGAAGAAGAAGGUAUCCAAGGCUCCCAGCACUCCUGUGCCUCCCAGUCCAGCCCCUACCCCCGGACUCACCAAACGUGUGAAAAAGAGCAAGCAGCCACUUCAGGUGACCAAGGAUCUGGGCCGCUGGAAGCCUGCCGAUGACCUCCUACUCAUCAAUGCUGUGUUGCAGACCAAUGACCUGACAUCUGUCCACCUGGGCGUCAAGUUCAGCUGUCGCUUUACCCUUCGGGAAGUCCAGGAGCGCUGGUAUGCCCUGCUCUACGAUCCUGUCAUCUCCAAGCUGGCUUGCCAGGCCAUGAGGCAGCUGCAUCCAGAAGCCAUUGCAGCCAUCCAAAGCAAGGCCCUGUUUAGCAAGACUGAGGAACAACUGCUCAGCAAAGUGGGAUCGACCAGCCAGCCCACCUUGGAGACCUUCCAGGACCUGCUGCACAGACAUCCCGAUGCAUUCUACCUGGCCCGGACUGCCAAGGCUCUGCAGGCCCAUUGGCAGCUCAUGAAGCAGUAUUACUUGCUGGAGGACCAGACAGUGCAGCCGCUGCCCAAGGGGGACCAAGUACUGAACUUCUCUGAUGCAGAGGACUUGAUCGAUGACAGUAAACUCAAGGACAUGCGAGAUGAGGUCCUGGAACAUGAGCUGACAGUUGCUGACCGUCGUCAGAAGCGAGAGAUUCGGCAGCUGGAGCAGGAACUGCACAAGUGGCAGGUGCUAGUAGAUAGCAUCACAGGAAUGAGCUCUCCAGACUUCGACAACCAGACACUGGCAGUGCUGCGGGGCCGCAUGGUGCGGUACCUGAUGCGCUCCCGAGAGAUCACACUGGGCAGAGCAACCAAGGAUAACCAGAUUGAUGUGGACCUGUCUCUGGAGGGUCCAGCCUGGAAGAUCUCCAGGAAGCAAGGUGUCAUCAAGCUGAAGAACAAUGGGGAUUUCUUCAUUGCUAACGAGGGUCGGCGCCCCAUCUACAUUGACGGUCGGCCUGUGCUGUGUGGUUCCAAAUGGCGUCUCAGCAACAACUCUGUGGUGGAGAUCGCCAGCCUCCGAUUUGUCUUCCUCAUCAACCAGGAUCUCAUUGCCCUCAUCCGGGCUGAGGCUGCUAAGAUCACACCACAGUGAGAGGUGGCAGCAGGCUAUGGGGCUCCCUCUGGCCUUAGUGUCCCUGCCAUUCCAGCCCCUUUCAGCCAGGAACUCCAAUUCCUGGAAAAGCCUUCUGCCUAGACUGGGCAGCAGGAGACCCACUGCUGGUCCAUGGAUUGAGCCUUUGAGAGAGGGUGGGACUGGCCAACAGGAAGCUAGGCAGAGGCUGGGACCCUCCCGCUUCCCUAGAGCCAGACCCUACCCUUCUUCC